AUGAAAAGCUACAGAGUCACCAAGCCUACUCUAAGGUCUUCUAGGAAGGUGCCUAGAAGGCUGCAAAAAAGAAAAGCCCCUCCCAGACAGGAUAGCCCCAAUGCAAACGACCCUCGAAACCGCACCUCUUACCACCCGGACCAAGCCCAUUGGUCGUGGGAGAACCUGCCAGACAUUCUUUACCAACUGAGCCCCGACGAAGACGAAAAAAAGCUGAAAGAUCCGGGGCUCAUGAGCUAUCCAAUACACGGAAAGUAUCUGCGAAACCUCCCUGCUCUCCCAGACAACAUCUCUUCUACCGUAGAGGAGUUCCGCGUCGAAGCAUGGCAGCGCAUGGACCCGCGCAUUUGCCUUGAGGACAUUACAGCUCGCAUGCAUCCCGACUUCCGCAUAAAGAAUAAUGCGCUUCAACAACGGGGCGUGCGCUUCCGACAGGCGUUCAACCUUAAGGCGUGGCGUUCGGGAAAUAAACGCAGUGCACACCUCGAAGCCGACCUUCUUAGAAGGAUGAAGGAGCUAGGUCUGGACAUCAACUCAAACUCCACCCGCGGCAUCACCCCAGGUCUAGUCAAUCCUCAAUUAGGUGAACAGGGUGGCCGUGUGCCAAUUCCCAAGGGUUGGCGGAUUAGGAAGAUGGGGAAUAAAUCCACCGCCAACGGGACCGCGUUCGACGAACGGGAAGCUCCUUUUCAGAGUCGGGAAUCGCAAUUCAGGACCAAUGGUUAUUCUGAAACCACUUUACCUGACGAGCCUGACGCCAUGCCAGAGGUUCCGGAAGUCAUUCCCCCGGACGUCGUUGAGCACGAAGCGCAGACAGGCGGAUACGUCCACCAAGACACCAAUGAUGAUGAAACAGACAAUCGUUUCGAUGAUUCUCUUCCUAUCAUACGGGGCAUUUUUCCAGAUGAUGAGCUCCCCGACACAGUCAGCCUGCCGGAUCUCGACCUACUAAGCUGGCGCUCCACCUUCUGGACACCCAGCUCAGCCCUCAAUUUCCAUAGCUUCUGUCUUCAAGAUUGCUUCACGAACUUCCCCAUACAAUCGGAGGAACUCCUGGACUACGCUCCCUCGCUAUUCACCAGAUCCUCUAGCAAGCCGCAAACUCCAACUACAGGUAUUUUUCCGGUCAACGAUCCUACUCUGUUGGAUACAGUUCCCGAGAGGCAACAGAGGAAUGUCUUUGACGAUAUGCUAUUGGAGUGCUACAAAGGCGAACGUCAUGUCUUUGAGAUGCCCUACCACUCUUACUCCUCUGUUACCUCCUGA